AGAACUGGCGCCAGCGCAGGACGUCGACCGGCCGAACGGCGACUCUGUGACCAGUCGACGCCCCGGCGACCGUUUCCGACGCGUUGUCGUCGACGCUGCCGCGGCCCGACGCCGUCUCGAGGCGCGAACGGCGCGACAGAGCGGCCGGCCGCGGCUUCGAUGGACCCUGCGGUUGGGCCGUGGCAGCCAAUCGACGCAGGUACAGCUCAUCAUCGCCCUCGCCCUCGUCGACUUUGCCACCUGCCUUGUCGUUCUGCCCGGCGAUCUGGUGCGCACCAUCUGCUCCGCCCUUGUCGACUGCUCUUGGUCGUCCACAUCACCCUCGCCGUCGCCCUCGCCGUUGGCAUUGACGUCAGCCUCGGCCUCGCCGUUCGUUGUCACGGGCUGGCGUCAUGUCCUCAGCGACCUGCUCAAUGACGCGCGCACUUUCGUCUUCGCCUGCGAGGGCAGCAUUCUGGCCGCCAUCGCCGUCGAUCGCUUCUUCGCCGUCGUCACGGCCAGACCGAGUCGCCGUCUCCUCGCCGACCGACAGCCGGACGUCGAGACGAUGACCGAGGCGACGGUCGAUGCAAGGCUGCAACGACUGUGCUCUCGGUCUCCGUCGGACCGUCAGCGUCGGCGUCGGCGUUGCUCCCAGUUGGCGGGUCGUUUGGCUCGUCUGCUCGGUGGACCGGUGAGCGAGGUCAGUCGGUGUCGUAUCAUCGCCGCCGUCGUCCUGUUGCCAAGCUGUGGAGUGCUCGGCCUCGAGACGACGGUGUUUUUGCUGCACUCAUCGGUCGAUUUAGCCACGUCAUGUCGCCUUGGCGAACAACUUCGUCACAGCGUUAAUCAGGCCUAUCUCAUCUGUUCUCUCUUCUCUCUGCUCGUCAUCUCCACACUGUACACCUGCAUCUUCUUCACGGUCCGGCGGCAGGACUUGCGCAAACAGAACUGGGCCAGAGAAUCGAGGCUGGGCCUUGGCGUCGCCGGUUGUGCUGUAUCACACGCGGCCUGCCCAGACCAGCAACUUGUGACGACAACGACAAACACGUCGAAGACAGACCACGAUGUGCCCACGAUACCC